AUGGCACCAAAUACAUCGCGUUACUGGAAAAAAGGAGCAUCGGUUAAAUCAGUCAAGUCACUGAACGCCUCGGUUGCAAAGAGUCUUCCAAAACAUACCAGUGCGAUUGCGAGAUCGUUUGCUGCAUUCACCCGGUUUUUGCUUGGUUAUGAAGAAUCAACAAAGACCUAUCCAACAAAACCAACCAAUCAUGAGCUGAGCCUUCUACAUACAGCCACCCAGGAUGAGAUCCUAUCCGACCAGCGAAUCUUCCUGAAUUUAACAGUUGAUAUGACAGAAAAGACAUGGAGUCCAUUCAAGGAGUUCUUCAUGGCUGAUCUCAAGACUUAUGGUGUCUCUCGAAUGACCUUUGAUUGGGAUGCAAGGGACACUCGCGGUUGGAAUUGUAUAGUUGCCGUCCUUGUUGGAAGCAUUGGAGUACUUCGGUGGCUUCGUGGGCGAGCCGAAGACAUCCGUCUCAAUCGAUUGGACUCAGAAAAACUUUGUCGAAAAGAACAGCAACGAAAGAAAAGAGUAGAAGCAAAGCAGCUUCUUCCGGAUUCAGAUUGCUGCUCGGACACAGAAUGGGAUCCUGAAGAGAUCAAGUACGAAUCUUUAGGUGUGCCAUGGCGCAGUCAGCAAUAUAGCACACUUCUUCAUCGUAUAGAUGAUCUAUUGUAUCAUUAUAAAGCUUCAGUCACCGGGGCCACUGCAGUGUCUCGACGAUUUGAUCAGUGUCGUACAAAAUCAAAAUUGGAUAAUCCUAAGGCUCCUGUCUGUGUUGGACUUCCAAGAAACUUCGAAGAGGAGCUGGCUGCAUUGAAAAUGAUUCCAGUUUCAGGUUUAUUAAAUUCUUUACCGGCAUUUAUAGAUUCAUUACUAGGAAAUUGA